GAUCUGUGAACUAACCUAAUUCUUCGUUUCUCACCCUUCGUAAGCUACAUUACAAGCUGGUGGUUUUUUAUAUUUUUCAUUGUUACAUUUGAACGGAAAACAUUUAAGAAGCAAAAAAUGCAGAUCCCACCUGUUUUUAUAGAUGUUACUCUGGAAGACCAGGCGUUGGAGCUUAGGUCAUACUUCAAGGGAUUGGGAGCUGAAAUAUCCGAAGAGAAAUCUCCGAAAGGUAUUGAAGAUGAUCUUCAUAAAAUUAUUGGUGUUUGUGAAGCGUGUUUUAAAGAGGGGAACGAAAGCGAAGUGGAAAUGAUACUCAAUGAUAUUGUGUCCAUUAUGGUUUUGAUCCCUUUAGAUAGAUGUGAAAGUAUCAUUAUGGCCUUCUGUGAGAAACUGAGCAAGGCGCCUGGCCAAAAAUUGGGAAUUAGUUGUUUGAGGGUUCUCUGGCUCCUCUUCCAAUCAUUAGAUGAAAGCUCUCCAAUUCGCUACAAUGUCUAUUAUCAUAUACUAUUGAUUGCUAAACAGACUGACCAAGUCAGAUCUGUUUAUGAGGACAUUGCCCAUCUCAAACAAUUAUUUAAUAAAUGUCCUCCCUCUAACGAGCAACUCCAGAAACUCUAUAGACUUUUACAUGAGGUUCUCUUGAAAAGUAAUGAAAGUGAGCAAGCUGCUAAAGUUAUGAUUGAACUUCUGAAAACCUACACUGAUAAGAAUGCCUCUCAUGCUCGAGAAGAUGCAAUUCGUUGUAUAGUCUCUGCCAUGGCAGAUCCAAAAACAUUCCUGCUUGAUCCUUUACUCUCCCUCCAACCUGUGAAGUUUCUCGAAGGAGAAUUGAUACACGAUCUACUGAACAUAUUUGUCAGUGAGAAUUUGACUGCUUAUCUCAAGUUUUACAAUGAACACAAAGAAUUCGUGACUUCCCAAGGAUUGAACCAUGAACAAAAUCUGCAGAAAAUGCGUCUUCUCUCUUUCAUGCAGUUGGCAGAGAGCCAGCCUGAACUGAGCUUCGAUCUUAUUGAGAAGGAACUUCAGUUGAAACCUGAGGAUGUUGAAGGGUUCAUUAUAGAAGUAUUGAAAACUAAACUUGUUAGAGCACGGAUGAAUCAGUCUGCUAAAUCUGUGUAUGUCACUAGUACCAUGCAUAGAACCUUUGGACGAGCCCAAUGGCAACAGUUGAGGGAUUUGCUGUUCUCUUGGAAAUCCAACCUUAGUUCUAUUCAAGAGGGCAUGAAACAUGUUACACAAACACAAUUGGAAUUAUUGAGCCAAAGUCAAUAAAGGACAUUCUUACCCUA